UGCUUGGAGUGUGGAAAGUGUUUCAGUCAAACAGGAAACCUUUCUAUACAUCACAGGACUCACACAGGGGACAAACCUUAUAAAUGCUUGGAGUGUGGAAAGAGCUUCAGUAAGAGUGGCAGCCUUACUUCGCAUCACAGAACGCACACAUGUGACAAACCUUAUAAAUGCUUGGAGUGUGGAAAGAGCUUCAGUGAGAGUAGCAGCCUUACUAAGCAUCAAAGAACUCACACAGGGGACAAACCUUAUAAAUGCUUGGAGUGUGGAAAGAGCUUCAGUGAGAGUAGCAACCUUACUAAGCAUCCAACAACUCAUACUGGAAAUAAACCUUAUAAAUGCUUGGAGUGUGGAAAGUGUUUCAGUCAAACAGGAAACCUUUCUAUACAUCACAGGACUCACACAGGGGACAAACCUUAUAAAUGCUUGGAGUGUGGAAAGAGCUUCAGUAAGAGUAGCAGCCUUACUAAGCAUCAAAGAACUCACACAGGGGACAAACCUUAUAAAUGCUUGGAGUGUGGAAAGAGCUUCAGUGAGAGUAGCAGCCUUACUAAGCAUCAAAGAACUCACACAGGGGACAAACCUUAUAAAUGCUUGGAGUGUGGAAAGAGCUUCAGUAAGAGUAGCAGCCUUACUUCGCAUCACAGAACGCACACAUGUGACAAACCUUAUAAAUGCUUGGAGUGUGGAAAGAGCUUCAGUAAGAGUAGCAGCCUUACUAAGCAUCAAAGAACUCACACAGGGGACAAACCUUAUAAAUGCUUGGAGUGUGGAAAGAGCUUCAGUGAGAGUAGCAGCCUUACUAAGCAUCAAAGAACUCACACGGGCAAACCUUAUAAAUGCUUGGAGUGUGGAAAGAGCUUCAGUCAGAGUGGCCACCUUACUUCGCAUCACAGAACUCACACAGGGGACAAACCUUAUAAAUGCUUGGAGUGUGGAAAGAGCUUCACGCGGAGUAGCAACCUUACUUCGCAUCACAGAACACACACGGGACAAACCUCUUAUAAAUGCUUGGAGUGUGGAAAAAGCUUCAGUGUCAGUAGCAACCUUACUUUGCAUCACAGAACUCACAGAGGGGAAAAACAUUAUGAAUGCCUGGAGUGUGGAAAGACCUUCAGUCAGAGUGGCAGCCUUACUUCACAUCACAGGAGUCACACAGGGGACAAACCUUAUAAAUGCUUAAGGGACAUCAAAUAAUCCAUACAAGGGAAGAGUCAUAUAAAUGAUUUGAAUUGGGAACUGUUUACUGCUUCUUUGCUAAACUCCAGGUUUUCCUACUUGCGUUUUGCUUGUUCUGGGGCCUUUGCAGCCCAACUUUGUUUGUUGCCUUCUCUUCCAGGCAUCUCUUCUCUUCUUGCUUUGAAGCUCUCCCUUCUUCAGGUUUGAGGCUCUUUGUGGCCAUUGUCCUCUAAGCCGGUCCUUGGGGCUGGAGCUUUCGCUCAUAUUUGAACAGGUUUGUUUUUCUCCGUUUUAUUUACAUACAUUUCUUGUUUUAAUAUUUUUUCUUAUUCUCAGGUGAGGUUUAAAUUUCAAUAUUUUAUUCUUCCAACCUUUUCCCUUCAUCUCUGUUCUUCUGGAUCCUAGGACCCUACAUUCAACUGGUUCCUUUGAAUCCCUGCUGGCAUAGGAAGUUAUCAUAUUCUUUCUUGUCUUUUUUUCUUAAUAUUUAGGAUAAAUGACUGUAUAGCUGUAAUGUAGCAGAGUUUUAACUAGUUUGGACUGGUGGAAGGGGUAUAGGAAAGUAGAGUUACAUAAUAGUUAAAAUUGUUACUAGUCUUGGAUGCCAUCAUUAUUGUUUAUAACAACUGAAU